UCUAUGAUAGAAAGUAAAAACAUACAAUAAUGUUAGAUUAAAUCUAUUUUGUACGAAAUGAGUUUGUCUUCAUAAUAUAAUACCUAUUAUAUUAUUAUAUAAAAUAUAUUUUUUUUGCAGGUUUUUAUAAUAGUAAAAAUGUUUUGGGUCUUACUAUAAGACGUGAGCCGCACGCAAGUCUGUGACUCGAGUAGCGGUUUGGCCACCCCAGCUAUAUAAUAUAAUAAUUUGAUAGCGACAGUGCAACUUACUCUGAAAUAUCGUGUUCUUAUUAUAAUAAUGGUAUGGUAAACUUGAUGUUUUGUAACGACGAGGUAAAUUAGUCCAAACUGUAUAGAACUGCCCACUGUGCAUUUUAGGUUACAAAACAUUGUUGCGAUGUAUGAUAUAAGUUACAAUGCUAACAUCGCACUUCGACGUUACCAAAACAUCGUGUAAACGGUUUAGUUUUACAAAUAUUUUAAGUUUACAUAUAAACAUCCCAGAAACGUUGACGUAUUAACAUCUCUGAAACAAGUUGUUGUAACAGUACAACAACAGCGUAGUGAUGUGAUGGAAAAAGAUUUAUAUUAAUUCAAUUAUUAUUUAUAAAUAGACAAAUAUAAUGGUAUUUUUAUAUUAAAUAUAAAUAGAUAAAACAAAUUUUGUUUUAUCUAUAUCCCACGUUCGCCGCUUAAGCGCGGGUAUCGCUUCCCACCUACCGGCCAUCAGUCACCACACAUAAUAUUUUGAACACUGCGUUAUUGCAUUUUCUAUUGUAAUAAACGUGAAGCAAUUAAUACGGUUUUUCUGUGCUUUGAACAUUUUAUAAUUACUGUAUAGUAUUAAUACUUAAUAGUAUCUAAAUAGGUACGAUGAAUACACCAAGUUCAAAAAAGUCAUCAUUCAGAAAAAAAUGGGUUCUGGCAGUUUUUCCCGAGUCCAAGGACUAUAGUGUGAUACCUAUCAAUUGGCUAGUAGACAAGGAGAAAUUAGCCGAAGGUGCUAUUAAGUUUUGUCGAUGGCCACUCACCAGAGUAACUAGCAAUGAGUUAAAGGAUGCGGUUGAUCCAGAACCGUUAUGGGAAACAUACCGUGUUAAGGUAGUUGGCCGUAGUAAAACAUAUGAUAAUUUUAGUAAAGCAUGGCACCAAAAAUUUAUUGAAGAGUCGUCAGCUACAGAAAAUGAAGAAAUUACAAAAAAAAAAGAAAAAAAAAGCUACGAUAGUGAUUCAGAUGAGAGUAAUAAUGAAGGCAAUAGUGGUUUCUAUAUUGAGGAAAAGUCUAAAAGUCCAUGUGUUGACUUACAAACAGUAAAUUCAUGCCCAUCUGUAUAUAAUAUGCUACUACCAAUGCUACCAUCAAAUAUUCUCACACAAAUAGAUGAUUAUUCUGAAAAUGUAGAGGCAACGACAACAAAUUCAUCAAUGACCCAUUCAAAUACUACUGUUUCAGAAUUACAGAUUACAACUAAUCUAAAAAAGAAACAUAUUGCCUCAAUAUCAAAGCGUCACUUUAAAAGAAUUUUGAAGAAUGAAAAAGAAAAAUGUGUUAUCCAAGUAGAAAAACAAAAAAUGACUGAAAACAUUAAUAUAAGCAAUACAUUUAUUGCUGAUAUACCAAUUUUCAACAGUAAUCAUGGUAUUUUUGACAAUACAUCAGAAAUGGUUGGUAACAAUCUUCUCAAUUUGAGUAAAGACCUAUCUGGUUCUCAAACAUUAAAUGUAACCCAAAAUACUUUAAAUUCAUGUAUUGAAAACAUAUCCGAGAAUAGUAAUACAAAUUUAUUGGAUAAGUUAAGACAUUGGGUUUUAGAAUAUAAAAUUUCACAUAAUAGUUGUAAUUCACUACUCAAUAUAAUGAGGUCGGAGGGAUUGAAAGUACCCAAAGAUGUGCGUACUCUAAUGAGAACACCUAAAACACAUGAAAUUUGUAAUAUGACUAAUGGUACUUACAUUCAUUUAGGCUUUGAAAAUAUGUUAAUACCAGUUUUAGAGUUAUAUCAUAAUAAUGUAGGCAUAUUUGACAACAAUUUAAAAAUAGGGAUUAAUAUUGAUGGUUUACCUUUGGUAAAAAGUUCCAAAAGUCAAAUAUGGCCAAUUUUAGUUUCUAUUUUAAAUUUUAAGGAAUUGCAUACAAAUGUUUUUCCUAUUGGUAUUUUUCACGGUUACCAAAAGCCUCAAUCGGUUGAAGAGUUUUUUAAUCCAUUUGUUUCGGAUAUUUUAAAAGUAUUAAAAGAUGGUUUGUAUGUAUGUGGAAAAUUGUUAAAUGUGGAGAUAUCAAAUAUAGUUUGUGAUGCCCCUGCAAAAUCCUUUCUUUUAAAUGUAAAGAGUCAUAAUGCUUAUUUUGGGUGCACAUCAUGUGUGGAGGAAGGAACCUAUUUACAAAAUCGUAUAUCUUUUCUUGGAACAGAGUCAAAAUUAAGAACUGAUGAAUCUUUUCGCAAACAAUUUGAUGAUGACUAUCAUAAGGGGGAUAGUCCAUUACUGAAUUUACCAAUUAAUAUAACUGAAGUAGUAUGCCUUGACUAUAUGCAUAAUGUUUGCCUUGGAGUAACAAAAAGAUUGAUAGAAUUUUGGGUUAGGGGCAAAAAAGACAUUAGAUUAGCUGACGAAAAAAAAAGGCAAAUAAACAAUGAAUUAAUAAAAUUAAGAACGUACAUGCCUUCUGAAUUUGCUCGGUUGCCAAGGUCUAUUGACGACAUUGAGUAUUUUAAAGCAACAGAAUUGAGAAACUUUGUCAUGUACACUGGUGCAUUUGUCUUGCAAGGUAAAUUAAAGAAAGCUUUUUAUAAUCAUUUUAUGCUUUUAGUAUUUGCUGUUCGUAUCUUAGCAUGUGCUGAAACUUGUCAGACGCUCAAUGAUAUAGCUUCUCAAUUAUUGAAAAAAUUUGUUACUGAUUAUGCUACCUUAUACGGUCAACAUUUAAUAUCUUACAAUUGUCAUAGUUUGAUACACCUACCUAUGUUUUCAAUGAUACAUGGACCACUUGAUAGUUUCAGUGCAUUUAGGUAUGAGAAUUAUCUACAAUAUAUAAAGAAAUCUUUAAAGUCUACAAAAUAUCCAUUACAGGAAAUAUUAAAUAGAAUUGUAGAAAAGCAAAAAACUGAUAACUCUAAGUUCGAUCUCUACCCCCAGUUGCCCCAUUUAAGCAAAGAAAUCCAUCAACAUUCACUAUCAGUUUUAGAAUUAUCUGAUACAGUUUAUAGAAAAUAUAGCUUAAUAAGAACAAAUACAACUAUAGAUACAUUAAAAGAAAAGGAUAAAUACUUCAUGUUAGAUGAUAACGCAUUAGUCUCAAUGGUUAAUAUUGUAAAGUCUAAAGACAAUUCUGUAAAAUUUUUUGUUAAAAAAUACCUAAAUUGUAAAGAAUUUUGCAAUGGACCUGUUAUUUCUUCCGUAAUUAUUGGCAUGUACAAAAUUAAAACUGAUGAAAUAUCAGAUAUAUAUUGUGUAAAUGAAAAAAAUUUAAAGCAUAAAUGUUUAUGUGUUAGUGUAGGUAAUAAUUUAGCAAUUAUGAUAACAUUAUGCCAUGAAAUAAACAUGUGAAAAUAAAUAAAAAGUAAAAUUUAUAUUAAUGUGCUGAUAUUAA